UGGCGACUAUUAUAUAUUCUGGAACUACGUCAUAACAGCUCUCAUUGAGGAGGCUACAGCAAAAACAUCAUGUGUUUCGCUAGAUACUCUUAUUAUUACUUUGUGUUCCUCUGCCUACUGGCUCUGGAGUGUUACACACUGAAUUGCCGCACAGAUGGUGGUCCGAAAGAAUUUGAACUUAAGAAAAUUUAUACAAAGUGUUUGAAGAUUCAAGAGGAUAAGACAUCUAACAGUUCUCGAAGCAAUAGCCAAGCUUGGAAUAAGCCACAGAGAAACAAUCAUAACCAAAGACGUGACCAAGAAAGAGAUCGGUCUGGAAACGACGACAGAAGGAGAAACAGAAAUGACGAGAUUAAUAAUAAUGAUGGUAGAAUGGGUUACAAUGAAAACAGAAUGAGCAGUAAUGAUAGAAUGAGAGGCAAUGAUGGAAUGAGUGGUAAUGAACGAAUGAGUGGUAAAAUGGGUGAUCGGUACGAUAUGAUGGGCGAACGUCCUGAGAGAGGCAGUGGAGAUCAUUUCAAUGCUCGUAAUGAUUUUAUGGGAGACAAAUUUGGGGAAAUGUCAGCGUACGGUUCCUAUCAAUCUUCUACGACACCCCCGAGGAGGUACAAACGUGAAAGACGCAUUGAGAACUCAGGACAUCGGAGCCAAUUUAAUCCCAUCAGUCAGAAAUCUGACGAUGACGAUUCUUUCAAUGACGAAAAGGAUUCUAAUGAAAAUAAAACGAACGAUGAAAUGGGCAGCAAGGAAUGCGCAAUGCACUGUUUCUUAGAGAACUUGAAAAUGAAUGGAGAAGACGGAAUGCCGGAUAGAUAUUUGGUGAAUCAUGCAUUAACUAAAGAGGUAAAAAAUGAGGAUUUAAGAGAUUUUUUGCAAGAAUCCGUCGAAGAAUGUUUUCAAAUUUUGGAUAACGAAAACACCGACGACAAAUGUGAAUUCUCAAGGAAUCUGCUGAUGUGCUUGUCUGAGAAGGGAAGAGCAAAUUGUGACGAUUGGAAAGACGAUUUGCAACUUUGAUGGAAUAGUUUUUACAAGAAUGGUUUCUUUAAAAUCUUAUUAUAUUUUUUGAUGAAAAAAAUGAUGAAAAAAAGCUUUUUGUGAAUUUCGUAAAAAUUAAAAUGAUACAUGAUGCGUGGCUUUUCUUCG